AUGGAUUUGUUCAAGUAUUUGAGUGUCCUGAUGGUGUUAUGUUUCGACGGCGGCGAGAGCGGCGGGCACGGCGGGAAGCACCAUGACCACCUGAAAAUUCAUCUUCCGGAGUUUAUUCACCACGACCACCACACGAAAGUGAUAACGAUUCACCAUCAUCAUCACAAGCCGAAGGAGCAUCAUCAUCACCAUCAUCAUCAUCACAAGCCGCAUAUACCGCAUGGUCAUCAUUAUCAUCAUCACCAUAAAAAGACUCACACUGUAUCCAAAGGACACACAACAUCUAAGGGUCACCACGGUCACCACGGUCACCACGGCCACCACGGUCACCAUGGCCACCACGGCCACCACGGGCAUCAUGGUCAUCAUAAGCAUCACGGACACCAUGGGCAUCACGGUCACGGACAUCACGGUCACCACGGAGGCCAUCAUCAUCACGACUUCCCCGCCAUCAGUUACGACGCCCCAACUUACGAGGAGGAAUACGCAACCUACACCCCUCCUGUAGCUUCUUACCCUGGCACUCCGCAAUUGCAUGGCAUUCAACACACAGUCAAGCAAGUUAAAGUGUAUGACUCUUUACCCGGACUUAUACCUACCCCUGUUGGAACACACGGGGGCGGAGGAGGCUACCAGGUCACCGAAGAAGGUGCAGACGACGAUGAUGACUCGUUCUCGUCAGUCAACAGCAUUCAGCAGGAUUUCCCAGGGACGUAUGGAUUCAUCCGUGGAGCUGCUCCUCAACAGUCACACGAUCCUUUCGCUGAGUUUACUCCUCAGAGUACGAUCCAGACUCAGGGGCAUGAUCCAUUUUCAACUGUAGCUCAACCCACAGUUGCGUUUGCUGGUGGUGGGUCUUUCGCUGGAGCAGCGCAGAACGACGUAUUCUCAUCCUCGGCUCCGUCGGCGCCGACCGCACCCUCCGCAUCGCCCAGUGCGUCAUCUUCUCCUGAGUUCCCAGUAAACUUCCAAGGGCAAGGAUUUAAUAAUCCAGUUAAUUCUUUCGUUGGUGAUGUAAGUAGUACACCUUUACUGGCAGCUGCAGACAAACCGGUCAAUGAUGACAGUCCCGUCUCGUACCACCGCGAAGCGGGCAUCCAGCAGACCAUCAAGACUGGGGGUGUAGAAACUGUCGUUUAUUAA